AUGACUUAUUGGCCCAUUUCCGCUCCGUCCGUUUACGCCGCGAGCAAGCAGCAGCUAUCAAAGCGAAACAUUCGCACUUCCUACGAUGGCUUGGAAGAGCAUUCAUCGACGGGACGAACUAAUCGAUUGAGUACCCAACAUGAAGAUGCUUCAGAAAAAGAAUCGUCCGUGGAGGAAACCAAUGUUAGCAGCGUGAACAUUGACGCAACAAAGGCGUCUGAACCCUCCGUUCACCCUGGACCAGAACGAAGCCCUGUUAACGGAGAGCCUGAUAUAGCUGGAGAGAUUAUUGGGCUGCGCGUGACACGUAACGGACAUAUCUUUUCCACCAUCACAGACUCGACUCUCACAAUAUGGCAGACCAAACCUACAGCAAUUUUAGCAUCUGUUCUACGAUCAAAACAGUCUCUUAAAACGUAUGGACCAAAUGUCAACCUACUCUUACGUCCUGAUUCCGCGAUCUUCGUCGUUCAGACCUCUCUAGGCUACCUUAUAACGUACUCGCUAGCGUCCGACCCUACUGCGAGAGUCUAUAAACCUCAAUUUCCCCUAAAUAGCGUUCACAAUAGGCGACACAGUAUAUCUGGCUACAAAGCUGGUAGUAAUACAGAAUCCAUGGUUGGACCAGGAGAAGGAGGGGGCCUUCGUGAAAUCAGUCUGCGAUUUCGUAUGGUCAUCAAAGUCGACGCAGGCAUUGCAAAGGCUUUAGCCUUAGAUGAAGAGCUGAUUGUUGCUACGGAAAGACCCGCAGCGAUACAAUGCAUUCGCUGGGCUCCUGAUAACGCUGGCAGUCAGACUAGUACCGAGCUGCUCAGUCGAAUGCAGUGGCUAGGUAACAAGGUCACUAUAUCUGAUAUGGUAUACGAUCGCCCAAUGAACCUCUCGACGUGGGUUACGAACGAAGGAAAGGCUUUUGCUGUUCAGCGCCUAUCGCCGGAAAACGGACAUGACACCAAAAAGCGCUCCCUUUUCAACGGCUAUGCAUUCCAUGUUCCUGAGAAUGAUGGCGACAUCGCGGUCAAAGCUGCAAUAAACGCGAGGUUUUCGUUGAUUGCUGUCGGGUGCAAGUGUGGAUAUAUCUAUGUCUACACGGCGCGCGAUUACACGGGCAAUAUCCCGCUAUCGCACAGACUUAUGCCCGGCGCAAGCUCGUCAACUACGGGGGCAUUGACCUUCCUUAGCUGGUCGCCUGAUGGAUAUUGCAUCUUCGCUGGCUACGAGAAAGGAUGGAUGAUGUGGAGCGUCUUCGGCAAGCCAGGGGCAAACAGCUUCACGAGCGAUCGCGCUUUAUCAGAGAAGACCGAGGAAGGUUGGCUCCUGGGCAUACGCGACGGAUUCUGGGUUGGGGGUGGGUCACAACUUAUGCUCCUCAGUCCGAAUGACAAUCGCCUCUGGAUGCUAGAGAUGGCUAGAAGCGCUGUUGCAGGGUGCUUUUCGUCCGCCAAUGUUGCGCGGUCCUUGCUCCAGACGAAUACGGGCUUCAUGAUCUACCGUGGAUAUGACCUCCCCGACAUGACGGCGAUAUCUGCUGAUACUUCAUUGUGGCAUCACGUCCAAGUUCCCGCUGCUUAUCUAGCCGAUCAAUGGCCAAUUCGGAGCGCUGUCAUAUCAUCCGACGGUCGGUACGUUGCUGUCGCUGGCCGCAGAGGGCUCGCUCACUACAGUGUGAACAGUGGCCGAUGGAAAACAUUCGACGACACAAGUAAAGAGAAUGAGUUCACUGUGAGAGGUGGAAUGUGUUGGCACCAGCAUGUCCUGAUAGUAGCGACUGAGAGCUCGGAAGCCCAUGAGAUUCGAACAUAUUCUCGCGAAGCGUCGUUGGACGACAGUAACGCUGUGCAGGUCGAAAGGUUGGCAGCACCUAUCGUGCUGAUUGCACCGUCGGGGGAUGACUCCUUACUUGUUUACACCUACGAGAAUAUUCUUUACCAUUUCAUCAUUAAUAUCACAAAUUCAUCGGUAAAACUAGUCCAGGUCGGUCAAAUAGCCCUGCAUGGUAUUAUACGUGCACCUCCCAGGGUUCGGGCUCUGAGCUGGAUCCUGCCCGAAAAUCAACUCCAAAAUGGUGAUCCUUCUCAAGACGUUUCUGUGGCAUCAAUACUGUUUCUAGUGGAUGGUAAACUCGUCUUGCUCCAGCCCGCUGCCACUGACAGCGGAGAAUUGAAGUACGAGAUGCGUAUAGUGGCACAAAAUGUCGAAUACUACACCCUGAUGCGGGACCAGCCUUCCUUCACAGUGGUUGAGCAGGAAGGUCUUCCUCCUAGCCCAGGAACAGAGGUCGCAACGAGCGGUAUACAUACGUACCAGGGUCACGACCUUCGUGACUCUUUGUGGUUCUUUGAUGGCCACGAUGUUCGCCUUUGGAUUGAUAUUCAAGACGUCCUGAUCACGGCUCCACUGGACACAAGUAGAGAUCUGACAGGAGCAGUGAAAAUUACUGUUGACUUCUAUCCUCUCUCAACGCUCCUUAACAAGGGUAUUUUAUUUGGACUAGAGUCUGACCUUGUGCAGCGGCGAGAUGGUACCUUUGCGUUCCUUCGCUUCGCAACUAGAACGCACCUCUUCAUACCGCCUCUCUUGCGGCACCACCUAUCACACUUCGACUCUCCAGCGGCUUUGCACCUGUCACAUCAUUAUGCUCAUCUUGCCUACUUUCCUCACGCCCUAGAGAUCCUGUUGCACGACGUACUUGAUGAAGAGGUUGAUGCUCCAUCUCAGUCUGAGCAUGCUUUGUUACCGAACGUUUUGUCGUUCCUGUCGUCAUUCCCACAGUACCUGGACAUCGUGGUGCAGUGUACGCGUAAGACGGAAGUCAGAUCCUGGCGAACCCUUUUCGAUCACCUUCCACCCCCGCAGGAACUCUUCGAAGAGUCAUUACAACACGGGUCCUUGAAGACUGCAGGAGGAUAUCUACUCGUACUGCACACCUUUGAUGAGAUUAGUUCCAGCUCAUUUCACUCCGUCAGACUGCUCCGACGAGCUAAAGAGGAGCAGGACUGGGAGCUUUGCAAAGAACUGGCUCGCUUCUUGAUGGCCCUCGAUGAAACAGGAGCCACAUUACGCGAUGCUCUUGCGUCUGUAGACCUACCGUCACCCCCUGCAGGCGCUCAAUCGUUUACUGGUCGAGAACAUCUCAAUGCUAGUCUUGUACUCAGACCUCGGCCAAAGAGAAAUGGCAGUGGUCGCCUAGAUAGACAGUUCUCCUUCCCAAACAGUGCGGAUGGAUCUGCUUCAGACACGAGCACGGGGAGGAGUGGGAGCCCUGGUUCCAUGGCCUUGGUAACGAACAUAGAGAACACUUGA